GCAAAGCCUCCUGGGCGGCUGCGGUGAGUCCCUGUGAACCCCGGCCGCGGGGUGCUCGCCCGCGGUUCCGAAGCCUGCGCACUCUCCCGGUCGUGCUCCCCGGCAGUGGCGGUAGGUGGAGGACGUCGAGGCAGCGCUGGAGUGAGCGGGAGCGGCAUGGCGUCCUGGCGGCGAAGACGGCCGGAGCCCGGCUUGGCGCGGCUGUGGGGCUUGUGCUGCCUGGUGCUGGGCUCCUGGUGGGGCGCGCUGGGCUGCCCCGCGUCCUGCCGCUGCAGCUCCUGGCGGAUCUGGUGCGUGGAGCCGGCGCCAGGCAUCAUCUCCUUCCCCGUGCCGCAGCGGAGCGCCGAGGUCGACAAAGUCACCGAGAUUUACAUCGCAAACCAGCAGAAAUUAGAAAGUAUCAAUGACAAUGAAGUUGGAUUUUAUGUUGGACUUAAAAAUCUGACUGUGGUGGAUUCAGGCUUAAGGUUUGUGUCCCAUCAGGCAUUUGUGAAAAACGUCAACCUACAAUACAUCAAUUUAUCCAGAAACAAGCUCUCAAGUUUGUCCAAGAAGCCUUUUCGCCAUCUGGGUUUGACUGACCUGAUAUUGCUGGACAAUCCAUUCAAGUGUUCCUGUGAAAUUAUGUGGAUCAAGAAAUUUCAGGAGACCAAGUUCUACAGAGAAACUCGGGAUUUAUAUUGCAUAGAUGACAACACCAAGAGGACAGCCUUGCUGGAUAUGAAGGUCCCAAACUGCGACUUGCCCUCAGCAAACUUAAGCAAUUACAACAUCACUGUGGUGGAAGGAAAGAGCAUCACAUUGUACUGUGAUACUACUGGAGGGCCAUCCCCUAAUGUAUCCUGGGUGCUCACUAAUCUUGUUUCAAACCAUGAGAGUGACACAAGUAAGAAUCCUGCCUCGCUAACCAUAAAGAACAUUUCAUCUGUGGACAGUGGACUGUGGAUUUCUUGCGUAGCAGAGAAUAUUGUGGGAGAGGACCAAGCCUCUGCCGAGCUCACAGUAUUCUUUGCACCAAAUAUCACAUUUAUUGAAUCUCCAACCCCGGACCACCACUGGUGUAUUCCAUUCACUGUGAAAGGGAACCCUAAGCCCACAUUGCAGUGGUUCUAUGAAGGGGCUAUACUGAAUGAGUCUGAAUACAUCUGUACUAAAAUACAUGUUAUCAAUCAAAGUGAAUACCAUGGCUGCCUUCAGCUGGACAACCCUACCCAUCUGAACAAUGGUGCUUAUACCUUACUAGCAAAGAACGAGUAUGGAGAGGAUGAAAAAUGGGUUAAUGCUCAUUUCAUGUCAGUGCCUGGAGAUGGUAGUGGCCCAAUUGUGGAUCCAGACGUUUAUGAGUAUGAAACCACACCUAAUGAUCUUGGAGACACCGCGAAUAAUAGUAAUCGAAUCACUUCUGCAGAUGUUUCCAACAAAGAGAAUGACGAUAGUAUCACUGUGUAUAUUAUGGUGGGAAGUGCAGCACUGGUGUGCACUGGCUUAGUAAUAAUGCUCAUUAUUCUGAAGUUUGGAAGACACUCUAAGUUUGGGAUGAAAGGUCCUUCUUCAGUUAUCAGCAAUGAUGAUGAUUCAGCAAGUCCCCUCCAUCACAUCUCAAAUGGCAGUAACACUCCAUCUUCUUCUGAGGGGGGUCCUGAUACAGUAAUCAUUGGGAUGACAAAGAUUCCCAUAAUCGAAAAUCCCCAGUACUUUGGAAUUGCCAAAAGUCAGCUCAAGCCAGACAACUGGCCUUAUCCGAUGAGACUCUUCCAAGAAGAACUUUGA